UGGUAGAUCUAUAAAAUCAUAAGAGCUCAUAAAACAUCCUAAGUCCCGCCGCAGUCAUGCAAGUCGAAGUCAACCCUAACGAGGAUACCGAAUGGAAUGACAUCCUCCGCAAACAUGGCGUUAUCCCCGAGAAGCCCCAAGAUCCCGAACCUCUCAUUCAAGAAGCCCUUGUCGAGGCAGAGCGCAAGGCAUAUGAAAACAGGUUAGAAGAUAAGGAUUUGGACGAGUUGGAUGCACUGGAAGAUGAAGAAGAUGAGGAUUUCCUCGAACAAUACCGUCAAAAACGAUUCGCGGAAUUGUCUACACUCCAGCAAACUAGUAUUCAUAACCAAGUAUACCCCCUACAAAAAGUCGAUUACGCGCGCGAGGUGACCGAAGCCUCGAACAAAUGCUUUGUGCUCGUUCAUCUGAGCUCUUCAGGCGCCAAUGUCGAAUCGCAACGGUUGACCGAAUUAUGGCGGCAAUUAGCGGCAAAGUUUGGUGACAUAAAGUUUUGUGAGAUUCGAGGCAACAUGUGCAUCGAAGGUUAUCCGGAAAGAAACACCCCCACUAUCUUGGUGUACAGAAAUGGCGAGAUCAUGAAACAGCUCAUAACCUUGCGGGAGAUGAAGGGGCCAAGGACUACUGUUGAAGAUCUGGAGAAGAUGCUCUUGGAAUUAGGUGCCGUCAAAGAAAGCGAUGUCCGUCUGAAGAAAAGGUCGGACUCUUCGGAAGAUGAACGCCCAUCCAAGCUGAAGUCCUCGAGGCCCACAGUGGAAGAUGACGACGAUGACUGGGAUUAAGGAGGUAUAAUCGGUAACUAUGAAUCUCAAAAUCUGGACGGUCGCGGUCCUCUCUCUCCGUGACUGGGUUCCAAUGACCCUUUGAACCAGAUGGGCAUCGAAUCGUAUCUUUGCCGACAUAUGCACGGAAAUUCCGCCAUGCAUCACAUAGAUCACACUAUGGAUUCCAGCUUGAUAACCUGGCAGAGAAUUGGUCAUGCUGGCUAAACCAAUAUUCUACAUCUUUGUUUGACAUGUAGAGCUCCGUACCACCAGGGUUUCCAGCUUUCGGUCCAUUAACUAAAUACCUAUUACAUAGUAGGUAGGCAGCCAGCCAGCCAGCC